AACAACGUGGUGUGUACGUUUGAGUAGGUCGUGCGCAUGCGUUUUGAGUGAAGCUGAGCAUAUGUGCUGAAGACUAGGGAUUGAUGUGUGUUUCAUAGUGUGUAAUUCUAAAGUUUAUCCAGGUCAUUUUGGAGUUAUAAUGGGUAAAAAGAAGAACAAGACUGAAAGCAGUACAAAGGAUGAUGUGGACAUAGAUGCACUAACUGCUGAAAUUGAAGGAGCAGGUUCAGCAAAGGCUCAAGAUGCUUCCAAACCAAAAAGCAAAAAGAAGAGGGAGAGAAAGAAAGAUUUCAGUGAAGAUGAUAUUCUACAAGAAAUUGAGGAGUUGUCUUUGGAGAACCAAGCAGAGAAAGUUGAUCCUUUUACAGCAAAGCAAAAAACUGUGAACUUGGAGAUGGAAAUGGACCAAAGUAUCUCGAAACAGGUUAAGGGGCAGAAAACCCCAAGAGAAGCAAAAAAAGUUUUUAAUGAAGAGAGUGGAGAUGAAAUGGAAAAUGAAAAUGCAAAAUUGAAUAAAGGUCAGAAGUUCAUAUUUGAAAAUUUUUCUAGUAAUGAUAGUGACAACAGUGAUGUGGAUGGUAAAGGAAAGAAUCAGAAGCUGCUGAAAAAUCAGAGUUUCUUAGAAUAUGAUAAAAGAGAGUUUAGUAAAAGUAAAGAAGACCAGACUGCUGUGGGAGAGAGUGAUGAAGAUUCUGAUAACUUUUUGCACUCUAAGAAGGAAGUGAUUAGGAGUCAUACAGCUAAACUAGUCCACAAAGCUGAAAGUGACAGUGAGAGCAAUGACUCUAGUUUUAAAAUAAAAACGGCUGCCCAAAAAAAGGCUGAAAAGAAAGAGCGAGAGCGAAAGAAGAAAGAAGAGGAGAGGGCCAAACUUAAGAAGCAAAAAGAAAAAGAGGCAUUUGAGGUAGCCAAAAAAGUGAAAAUUCAGGAGUAUCCAGAAAGUGAAGAAACUGUUGGGCCCAAACAGGAAACCAAGAAAGUUCAUGGAGGCACAGAAGUUGUACUACUUGCUACUGCAGAAGAUAAAGAUGAACUUGUUGCUGAAGAUGAUGAUGAUGACGACGACAGCAAAAGAAAAAAAGAGAAGAAAAAAAAGAAAGGUGAAAAAGAGGAAAAGAAAAAAGGACCAGGUAAAGCUGCUGUUAAAGCCAUGCAAGAGGCACUGGCAAAGCUUAAAGAGGAAGAGGAACGGAAGAAACGCGAGGAAGAAGAGGAGCAAAGACGACUUGAAGAGCUUGAAGCAAAACGCUUGGAGCAGGAACGUUUAGAACAAGAGAGGAAGGAACGCAAGAAGCAGAAAGAAAAGGAAAAGAAGGAGCGACUGAAGAAAGAAGGCAAACUAUUAACAAAGGCUCAGAAAGAAGCUAGAGCCAGAGCAGAAGCUACCCUUAAACAUCUUCAGGCACAGGGUAUGGAAGUUCCAUCCAAAGACUCUGUACCAAAGAAGAAGCCAGUGUAUGAUAAUAAAAAGAAGAAGAAAGUACAGCAGCAGCUACAGUCAUAUCAGUCUGAGAACAAGAAGGAAUCAGUGAACAUUGCAUCAGCAACAGAUAACAUUAAGGAACAAAUGUUUCCAGAGAGAGAAGAAUCAUCCUCUUCUCCAGUACUAGAACGAGACUUGUCCAUUCACAGACCAUCCCACUGUGUCUCAAAAAUUAAAUCUGAAGACCUGGCUGAUGACUGGGAGGCUAUGGUUAGUGAUGAAGACAAAGAAAAAGAUCUCAGAACUGUCCACGUAGAAGUUGAAGAAAGUAAUGAUGAGCAGGAGGAAGGGGAAGAAGAAGAUGAAGAGGAAGAUGAAGAAAGUGAAGAUGAUGGGCAGAGUGAAGAAAGUGAGCAGGAAAAACAAGUGGAACACCAUGUUUCUGCCAGGCCGACUUGUGAAAAACAGAAAAGGAAAGAAUCUGUCUCCUGCAGUGAAACUGAGUCAGACUCUGAUGAUGAUAGGACAAAAGAAGAGCGCAGUUAUGAUAAGGCCAGAAGAAGAAUUGAGAAACGGCGUGCUGAGAAUGCUAGAAAUGUUAACACUGAAAAGCUAAGAGCACCUGUUAUCUGUGUACUUGGACAUGUCGACACUGGGAAGACGAAAAUUUUGGAUAAGUUGCGUCACACUCAUGUCCAAGAUGGUGAAGCUGGUGGAAUCACUCAGCAGAUUGGUGCUACAAAUGUGCCUUUAGAUGCAAUUCACGAACAGACCAAAAUGGUUAAAAAUUUUGAGAAAGACAGCAUAAAAAUUCCAGGGAUGUUGAUCAUUGAUACACCAGGUCAUGAGUCUUUCAGUAAUUUGAGAAACCGAGGAAGUUCUCUCUGUGAUAUAGCAAUUCUCGUGGUUGAUAUCAUGCAUGGUCUGGAGCCACAGACGAUUGAGUCGCUUAACCUUUUAAAAGCCAAAAAAUGUCCAUUUAUCGUUGCUCUUAAUAAGAUUGACAGGUUGUAUGACUGGAAAAAAAGUCCAGAUACAGAUGUGGUGGCCACUUUAAAGAAGCAAAAGAAGAAUACUAGGGAUGAAUUUGAAGAGCGUGCAAAAGCAAUUAUUGUGGAAUUUGCCCAACAGGGUUUGAAUGCUGCUCUUUUCUGUGACAAUAAGGAUCCACGUACCUUUGUGUCCUUGGUGCCUACUUCUGCUCACACUGGAGAUGGUAUGGGUAAUCUCAUUGGCUUGUUGGUUGAGUUAACACAGUCGUUAUUGGCCAAGCGACUAGCUUAUUGCAAAGAACUUAGGGCACAAGUUAUGGAGGUGAAAGCACUUCCUGGAAUGGGGACCACUAUAGAUGUCAUCCUGAUCAAUGGUGUUUUGAAGGAAGGAGAUACAAUUCUGGUACCCGGCGUGGAAGGUCCCAUUGUAACUCAGAUACGAGGCCUCCUCUUGCCCCCACCUAUGAAAGAAUUGCGUGUGAAGAACCAGUAUGAGAAGCACAAAGAAGUUUGGGCUGCUCAAGGUGUGAAAAUUCUUGGCAAAGACUUAGAGAAGACUCUUGCUGGAUUGCCACUGCUUGUGGCGUAUAAAGAUGAUGAGAUUCCUGUUCUUCGAGAUGAACUUGAGCAAGAGCUGAAACACACACUGAGCUCCAUCAAAGUAGAAGAUAAAGGAGUUUAUGUUCAGGCAUCUACCCUGGGCUCCUUAGAGGCACUUCUAGAAUUCUUACGGACAUCUGAAGUACCAUAUAGUGGAAUCAACAUUGGCCCUGUUCACAAGAAGGAUGUAAUGAAGGCCUCAGCAAUGCUCGAGCAUGAUCCACAGUACUCUGUUAUCUUAGCAUUUGACGUGAAAAUUGAACGUGAUGCCCAAGAGAUGGCAGACAGCUUAGGUGUUCGAAUUUUUAGUGCUGAAAUUAUUUAUCAUUUAUUUGAUGCCUUCACAAAAUACAGACAAGACUACAAGAAGCAGAAGCAGGAAGAGUUCAAGCACAUAGCUGUGUUUCCUUGUAAACUACGAAUACUUCCACAGUUCAUCUUUAAUUCUCGUGAUCCGAUUGUUAUGGGAGUCAGUGUGGAAGCUGGGCUGGUUAAGCAAGGCACGCCUUUGUGCGUGCCCUCUAAAAAUUUUGUUGAUAUUGGAAUAAUUACAAGCAUUGAAAUGAAUCACAAACCAGUGGAUUCUGCUAGAAAGGGCCAGGAGGUCUGCAUUAAAAUAGAUCCUAUUCCUGGUGAGUCACCAAAGAUGUAUGGGCGACAUUUUGAGGCCACUGACUUUCUUGUUAGCAAGAUCAACCGACAGUCUAUUGACGCUCUAAAGAACUGGUUCAGAGAGGAAAUGCAGAAAUCUGACUGGCAACUGAUUGUAGAACUCAAGAAAGUAUUUGAAAUACUUUAGGUUUUUAAAUUCUUCCAGAAGAUGGAUAAUGACUAGACUUGCAGUUUCUUCGGAAGAGGACUGCGGAACUUUGAAAUCAGAUGGCAAAUGUGUGUAGUAAAAGUGUUUUCCAUGAGAAACCAAGAUGUUUACACUGGUUUCACAGUGGUCAGUUUUAAAUAUAGCUGUACACUUGCAAUGUGCCUGUUUUUUUCCACCCUGUAUUAGCUGCUGUUUUAAGCUACCAUUUAUGUUUUGAAUGUAAAAACAUCCUCCACAAAAGUUGCUGUAAAACUAAAGACUUGAAUUCUGCAGUGUUUAAUUUUUUUUUAUAUAUUCUGGUGGAAUUGCUUAUGGAAAUAUGUUACUUAAUGUUGUAUAAAAAAAUCAAGCCACUACACACACAAGGUGUACUUAAAGCCCAUACUUUUAUAAAGUUUACCGGAGAUCAUUGUUUACCUUGUGCAGAAAAUGAUGUAAAUCUUCAGUCAACCUUUUAUUGCUUGUACAGUUUUUCAGGUUCACUUUUAACUGUAAUCAUUUAUUUCAGUAAAGUUAAAGGUGAGCAAUUGACAGUGAUGGUGGAAAAUGGUAAUUUGUGUAGAGAGAGUCAUUUUUGCAUAUUAGCAAAUGCAUUUCAGAGGAUGUAACAUGCACAAAAUAUGCAUCAGCAUUUCACCUUGUAUAACAGUUCUUUGACGAUUCAUACAUCAAUGAAAACUGAAGUUGUUUUUUUGCAGAUUCAAUCCUGGGCUACAGCAGUGGGAUGUGCUCCUCACUGGAAAAAGAUUGCAGUGGUUUUGCACUUGGCUAAUCUUAACCAGGUUUAUUCAGUGUAAUAUCAUGUAAGGUUUCUGUCACACUGGUUAACUAAUGGUAGGGCUAGCCAACCAAUGGUGUAAACCUUGGCUCUAGACUAUUGUCACUGUUGGAAGUGACACCCUGACAUUCUGUGCAAAAAAUGGGUUUGAAAGCGGUUGUGGGUAGAUGGUUGGAUGGAUGGUACUUACAUUACAGUCUUCAUACUAUCAAGCUAGGGCUUUUUGCUAGCCAGCUGUAUAUUAGGUAAGAACAUGAUAGUGAUUCUGAAAUCAUGAAUUUUAUUAUUGGAUUUGAAAUAUACCUGCUGUCAUAACCGUCCAUACCCACUUAAAUCACUUCAAUUUUAGUUCAGCUGUUUGUCUGAUUGCUGUGUCUGCCAGUGAUGUUAAAUCUGAUGUCAUUAUUAAAAUGUUUGCACUUUGCAA